AUGCGCAUUGCUGGGGAUAUUGUCGUCCAAGUGUUCAUCUUGGGCGAGGACGGCAUAUUAGAGGUUUUGACCACCGCGUUCAACCCUGUCGAUCCGGGUGACGUUCCAGAUGUCACUGAGUUUGCAGUGGAGCUGACGGGUUACGAAUCGGUAUUGGAUGCCCAAUUGAGUGGAUCGAAGCUGUCGGCCCAGAUCGACUUGAGUGAAUGCGUGGACCCAACAGGCCAACUCGACCUCAGCAGUGUCACGGCGGGCGCAUACUUCCAAGAUGUUACAGUUCUUGGUGUCGGCACCCUCGAAGAGAGGAUCUUUGGAUCCGGAUUUGGAGUGCACAGUAAUCCCAACAGCAGCGUAGCUUACGAAACUUUCGGAGCGACUGUCGAUACAUGCAACAAUGCCCUCGUCUACCCAGGCUACUGGCGGUUUAAUGAGAAUGGUGAAUGGGGCAACGACUUUGGCGACGCUGUUUUGGAAUGCACCCUCGGUGGCAUGAGAGGCAAAUAAAAUCUGAUUAAUACAUUGUUUCAUCCAUUCCUCAUCG